AGACAGACAGACAGACAGACAGAGAGACAGAGAGACAGACAGACAGAGAGAGAGACAGAGGGACAGACAGACAGAAGCUCCGACAUCCAGGCGGGGACACCGGGAAGUCGCAGCGCUCCAAGCCGGGCCAAGUAGCCUCACCGCCGGGAUGAAGUUGGACUUCGCCCCGCUGAACAUUCCGCUGCGGAGGAGGCUGCAGACCGCCGCGACGCUGCAGUGGGUCUUCUCCUUCCUGGCUCUAGCUCAGUGCUGUCUGGCUGCCUUCGUGCUUUUGGCUCUCUCUGAUUGGUGGAUGCUGGCCCUGCUCUAUGCUGGUUGGCUGUGGCUGGACUGGGACACGCCCACCUGUGGAGGUCGAAGGUCACAGUGGGUCCGGAGCUGGAGCGCCUGGGACUUCUUCAGGGACUACUUCCCUCUGACGCUGGUUAAAACUGUCGAUUUGGAUCCAAAGAAAAACUACAUCUUUGGAUUUCAUCCACACGGUGUGCUAGUAGCUGGGGCGUUUGGGAACUUCUGUACGGAGGCGACAGGUUUCUCUCGUCUGUUUCCUGGACUGAAGUGUCACCUGUUGAUGCUGCCGUUCUGGUUCAGGGUCCCUCUCUUUAGAGACUACAUCAUGUGUGGAGGCCUGGUGUCCAGCUCUAAGUCCAGCCUGUCUCACCUCGUCAGCCGUCCUGCAGGAGGUAACGUCGCUGUCAUCGCGGUGGGUGGAGCUCCAGAGGCUCUGGACGCUCGACCAGGAGCUUUAACACUUCAGGUUCGAAACAGGAAGGGCUUCAUCAAACUGGCCCUCAAACACGGAGCUCAGCUGGUUCCAGUCUUUUCUUUCGGAGAGAACGAGUUGUUUGAUCAGAUGGAGAAUCCCACCGGCUCUCCUCUGAGGAAGCUGCAGAACCGGCUGCAGUGCAUCAUGGGAGUAGCGUUGCCUCUGUUUCACGCCAGAGGAGUUUUCCAGUACAGCUUUGGUCUGAUGCCCUACAGGAAGCCCAUCCACACCGUCGUGGGGAAACCAAUCCCGGUGGUCCAGACUCCAAGUCCCAGCUCUGAGGACAUCGAGGGUCUUCAUGAACUUUACAUGCAGAAUCUGACAGAACUGUUCGAACAGCACAAACACAAAUAUGGUCUGGGCGAACAUCAGCAUCUGACCUUCAUAUGACCUUGAUAUUAAACACCUGACCUUCAUAUGACCUUGAUAUUAAACACCUCACCUUCAUAUGACCUUGAUAUUAAACACCUGACCCUCAUAUGACCUUUAUAGAAACACCUGGCCUUCAUAUGACCUUGUUCAGGGGGUCUGAAGGGGAACCACUGUAUUGAUUGAUCCCUCUGUUGAGCUCUAUUGAUAAAGAGCUAGCAUGCUAACACUGAAUGAGUGAAGAACAUUAACGCUGUAGCUUUAUCUGUAAUCAUUAAAUAUACUACGAGUGUAUGAGUGACUGAUUAAUGAUGAGCUCAUGGUACCGGGGGUAUAUAUUUGUGUGUAUACAUAUAUAUAUAUAUAUAUAUAUAUAUAUAUAUAUAUAUAUAUAUAUA